AAACUUAAGCUUGCGGGAAGCUGAUCAAUAUAACAAUGAAUGUGAUUUGGAUUCUACUUACUGCGUAUAUGACUAUAACAGCAACUCAAAGCGAUACCAUCACUAUUCCAACAGAAGAAUCAGAACCAUCACCACCUCGAUCCUCGGAAUGCGUGAAAAAUAUCGAACUUAUUCCGAGAAAUAUUUCAACCAAUUUGGAUAUAAAAAUUGAAAAGAAUCACCUUGAAUUGACGGUUUGCAAGGACGAUAAAUUCAAUUAUUUCAAAGUUCCUUGGGAGCAUUGCUCCUGUACUAAAGCUAUAGGACUGAACGUGAAGCUAAUACCCAGCAACACAGAUGAUGAGAACAAAAUUUGUCAUGGGUACUCACUUAUCGACGACGUCUUCACCUAUGAUGCGAAUCAUUGGAGCUGUAGCUUUGAGAUUUUUGAUGACAAAAGUUUCAGCGUAAUAUACAUUACUGGAUAUACUAAAUACGUUUACGCAAUUCACAAAGAAACCGGAGAGAUUACUGAAUAUACCUCAGUAUAUUUAGACCCGCAGGCUCCACACGAAGAAUCAGAUGACACCGAUCAAUUUCUAUCAGAACUGAAUGAAUGUCUCGAAAAACAGAACCUUAUACCGAAAAGUUUACCGAUUACAUUUGAUAUUACUAGGAGUAACAGUCAAAUCGAAAUAGUAGCAUUUCGCGAGAAUCAUUACGAUUUCUAUAAAAUAAAUUGGGAAGGACAUUCUUGUUACCAAAAAAUCGGUGACCAUCGCAAGCCAAACGAUACUAUGGGAGUGGAUAAUAAGCUAUGUGAUAAUCGACCAUUGUCGACACAUGAAGACUAUGGUACUUUUCGCUGUGCUUAUGAUAUUUGGACGACAGUGCAUGAAGAUGAAGAAUAUUUUGUAUUUUACGUUAAAACUGGCAUGUGGAGAGGGGCAAACGCUUACAUCAUCAAUACGUCUACGAAUAAAGUCAGUUUCCUUUAUUCUCGAUUAGAAUCUACCGGCGAAGAAAUAUUCGAGAUAUACAAAACGAGUACCGUUUCAAUAAAAGAAUGUUUCGAGAAGAAACUGCAGUUACCGAAACACUUACCGAUCAAAUUCGAAAUGCUACAAAAAGCUGGGACAACGGUCAUUUUGAUUGCACACGCAAACAAAACUGAUUAUUAUGAAAUCAACCGGAGCGGCAGCGUUCGUACUUUUAAGCCACGUUUAGAUGUUGAGAUAAGAGAAUUGGACGAAUUAUCGGAUUGGGAGGAUGCCGAUGAAGCGUUUGAAUGUCCAUUAGUCCAUUUGAUUGAUGAUUGGGACUAUACAAUACUGAUUGUCGAAAGUCCCACCCAAAUUGAUUACCAUACCAAAAUAUCUGAAGGCUACACAUAUCUGAUAAAUAAAGAAUCGUUGGACGUAUCGUUCAAGCUUUAUCCGAAUACCACCUACAGCCAAUGUGAAAUUGACAUACCUCAAUCGAAGAAAGAAGUCAGCAAUGAAUUCGAACAUGAAAUCGAGCGUUGUGCGAAUCAACAGAACUUAGUUUCGAGUGCCACAAAUGUUUCCAUUGCCCGGAUCGAUAAUCACAUCCGAAUUUGGGUGAACUACGACGGAAAAUACGAUUUCUAUGUGAUCAAUUCUAAAGGAUAUGUGUGCUAUGCCAAGCGAGAGUUAACUGCUCCACCCAUAAACGGACUAACGGAUGAUGCUGUGCAGGAAUGUGACAAACGACGUAUGACAUCAUGUACCGGCGGUGUCCACACUUUCAAAUGUGGCUUGGAAAUUGUAAGCCCAGCAAACGGUGAUUUCGUUGCCCUGAACAUAUUAUCGCGCUUUUGCAACACCACGACGUGCAUGGGUUCAUACACAUAUUUGAUCAAUAAAUUCACGAACGAGGUACACUUUAAACGGUACACGAACCUUGCUGAAAUAAAGGGGGAAUUGGACACACUGGAGCGCGAAGUGUACGAUUCUGACUUCGAUGAGUGCCUUAAUUUACGCUAUGCAAUACCAAGUGAUUUACCCGUAAAAUUCAACGUAUCCGUGGUAAAGAACUUAAACAAGCACAUUGACAUAUCAGUGUAUGACGAUGGUAAAUACGAUUACUACGAACUUGAUAGGAAAGGUAAAGCAUACUAUAUAGACAUCCGAAGAGACAUGAAUCCGAUCCGAUCCUUUGAGGAGCACUUAAGAUGCGAUGCACAACAUCCUCUUGGACCGUGCACCUAUGAAUACCAUCCAUCAUUCAGUUGUGGCUACGAAGUAAUUAAGAACGAAACUGACGUAUCCAUUUUUGUGUAUGCCCACCGCCAUAACACAUUCGAGUAUAAUGUCGAUAGAAGCAGUGGAAAGACUUUGUUGUAUCAAUACGUCGGACCGUUUAAUCAUUCAUUUGACGAAACGUUCGAUAACUGUCUGAAAAAGAAAUACGCGACGGAUUUCCAUAUUCCUUUGGAAGUGACGAUGAAAACGAAGGAAAACAGUGGGAAAACAGAGAAUUAUCUGGCAAUUUCGGUCAAAUAUCAAGGAAAGCAUGACCUUUACGUAACGGAAGAUUGGGGAUAUGUUCGCUACGUAGAAAUGCAGUUGGCGGAUGAACCCAACCUUACACUUACAGAUUAUUCGAAUAACAAUCGUGUCCACAAAAAUAUUAACGUCGAAAGACCGAAGGCAUUUCGAUGUCCGUUAAAAGUUGUUGAAAAUGAGAACCACGUGAAUGUGUCAGUGAAUGCUCUUCAUUACGAUCACGUUUACACCAUUGACAAAUCGAACAACGCCAUGACAUACAUCAAACGAAAAGAUAAUUUUGUUGUAUCGCUUCCGGCUCAAGGUGUGAUUAUUACACAGCGCAAAGUGGCUUUCUAUUUUGUAAAUCGACAAUGAUAAAUUUCCCGUUCCAGAUGUUGAACUGAAUUAUAUUGCCGAAGUGGAUGAAUGCAUGGAAAAAUUAUCAAAUUUUACCGGCGGCCCGUUUCCUGUUACUUUUAUCAGAAACCGAAAUUUUCUACAAAUUUGGGUGGAAUUCAACGGAACCCGCCAUACCUACAUAACUAAUUCACUGGGCGAAGAAAUGUGUCGAGUAUAUUUUGAGCCCCAGGCAGAACUCAUUGAUGUGGAUCAAUCACUGGAAGAUGUUUAUCCGGGCUGUAUAAGCCGUGAUGAUCCGGCAUUAACAUUCGCUUGCCCUACAGUCGUCUUAACAGAGGAUGAAAAUCAAGUUACUAUGGAGAUUAUCGUAUAUCCUGCCGGAAACGCAAAGGCAUGGUUUACGUACAAAUUAGAUAAAUUGUCCGGAUCAAUGACGUACCAAGCCAAUGCUAGAGCAAUAUUCCCCGUGGCAGUGAGCAGCGUACUCAAAUCUUUGGUCGGAUAACCUGAGCCGCAGCUCUGCUUCUAUGCCUGAACUGUAGUUUAUGUGUCAAAUUGUAGAAUUGUAGAAAUAUUGGACUUCAGUGCCUUUAUAGUCUAUUUGCACUUGAUGUCUAUAGAAGAGAAUCGUAUUCUACUGUUGCCUAUUAUUUCUUUUAAAUAAAAUUUUAAUAUUUUUGCAUCUCA